CAUCUACGGUAUUCACAUGAACAGAAAGAAAUGAUGACAUUCAUCAACAGAUUCCAUCGGCAACAAUUCACACACCGCUGUUAAUUCAGUUGUCAGCCUCUCGAGCAGUUCGUCGCGUCAUGAAUUUACGAAUGUGUCGCUAGGAAGAAUUACAUGCACCAAACGAUUAUCCUGGACGAUGCCGGUCAAAACGUUGCCCGCGUGCGACAAGCGAGAUUCAUGAGCCAAUUCACCUAUACAAAUCUGGAAAGCCUCCUUUUAUUCCAAUUUCUGCGCUCAGAAAAUGUCACGUCGGCAGUCAACUUCACGCGCAUUGCCGAUGAAUUGAAGCAGAUUCCACUCAUCCGCAGUGAUCCUACAUACGACGAUGGCCGCCUAUCACCCGACGCACUCAAAGAUCUCUACCUGGGCUUGCUAAAGGAGGAGGCCAAGCUCGAUGUUGAGCGACAAACAAAUGGCGAUACACACGCCCCGAUAAACGAUCACAACACGACCAAUGGAGACCCGAGCAACACAUCGCCGGCCUCGCGCAAACGGAAGGCUGCCAGUCCCGGCUUUCCCACGGUGCAAGAGGCCGCGCAACACGCGCAUCUAAUACCGCAAUUGGUUGCACGCUUGUAUGCACGGUAUCGCGACAACAUAGUCCGAACACUGCGUGGUCAGGAACAUGAAUAUGUCGCUAUCAGUCGCAAUAUAGCAGACCUGCGAUCUGGAAGGCUGGAUGCACAACAACAGCAGCAGGCGCAACAACAACAACGACCGCAACAGCAACAGCAACCUAUUCAUUCCGUUCCUCAACGGAAUCAGAUAUUACCCGCGACUCCGGCUCAAGUACCAAUCACUCGUGGUCCCUCUCAACAGGAACAAAAUGGCACCAAUAGUACUCGGCCUGUCCCACAGAACGUAAACACACCGGGAGGCCAAGUCUCAUCUUCUGCGGCAAAUCUCGCCGCGCGGCCAGGAUCAGACUCCAAUUCGAAAAAUCGCGGCACUCCUGGGCCGGUCUCGACUGGACAGCAUACUACUACGCCAGUAACUGGGCGACCGUCUGCUGCUCCAAUCGAUAAUGCUAGAGCUUCGCUGCCAGCGUCACAGGCUCCGCCGUCGGGUGCGUCAUUGAGACAUGCUCCAAAUGCGCCGCCACAGAUACAGCCCAUGCCACCUACGAUGAAUCGGACCAUCACACCCAAUCAGCAUGCCAACUAUCCACUGCCAAUCGCAGCUGCGCCGCACGGUCAUCCGCGGCCAGACUCGGUACCUGCCCAACAAACAGCACCUCGACCAUUAACGGUUCGGUCGAAUAUACAACCUGCUGCGCCGAGUCACGCUCGAUCUCCUGUGCAGCACCUAGCAUCACCGGGCCCGCACGCGUCCCCGUAUGGCCAGGUGCCACCGCAGUAUCCACUCCAGCAGCAGCAACCGCAGCAAAGCCGGGCGUCCUCUAGUCGACCCGAGACUCCGGAAAGCACCUCCAGAAGGCCUUCUGCGACACCCAUGCCUCAGCAUCAAGCGGGCCAGCAUCAACAACAGGCAGUCCCAGAUCGACAGGUGGUUUACUCACAACCGCCGCAGAAUCAACCUCUGACCUAUCGGCCACCACAUGCUCAGUCUGGAGGCUACAUGUUGCCGCCAUUUCAGCUCACUCCACAAGGCCCUAACCGGCAAGUGCAAAUUCCGCCUCAGCAAAUCCGGACUCCACAACAUGCGAAUCAGGCGCCGAUUCAAGUUUUACAGGCGCAGCAAAUCCAUGCUCAAGGGCGUGUAACUCCUGCCACCGCUCCCAGGCUGCAAAUUCAACCUCGGCCCAUGUCUACAAAUAAUGUGGCUGCGCUGGUAACACCGGUUCGUCCAAGGCCCAAAUCGAUAUGGAAGUCUGACGUGCGACCAUACUCAAAUUCCAAACCAACACUACUGUCACGGCCAGAUUUUGAGCCUCUAAGCCCUACACGAGACCGACCAGGGUCGCCGAUUUCUGCGCAGCGCACUCUUGGGAAUGGUCCGUCGAGCGAAGCUGUCUCGGCCAAGAGCCGUGUGGGCCGCAAGCGACUUGUCACACAAGGGACUGGGUCGCCGAGUCUACAAUCGACCGGUUCGGACGAGUCGGCACCAACAAUAUCGACAGAGAAGGGAACCAAGGCAAAUGUGCGAUCAUCGAGUAUGCUCCAAGACGACCGGCCCAGCAGCCAGAAUGGCGUAAAGGUGGAGCCCACGACGCCUGCCGCGAGCAUUCCCGACGACGGAGAGGCCAUGGUCGCACCGCCCGGAGCAUCUGCUGGCGGACCUGCCACCCGCAAACGUCGUGGCACAAUUUCCUCACAGCCUGUACCACAGGCGAAACGAAAGCGACAAGAAUCGCCCUCGGAGCCGUCUGAGGCGCACAGCCAUCCCGCAAGCUCGCCAGCACCAUUGACAAGGAGCAACAAAAUCGUAGCUGCGCGCAAUUUUGCCAAGAUGUCGUCCGCAAUCAUGCACGAUAUUGAAAGUCACAAGCAUGCGUCCUACUUCCGCAAUACGCUCCGUGACCGCGAUGUUCCUGGAUACGAGAGUAUCGUGCUUGAGCCUCGAAGUCUUAAAUUCAUUCGAUCUGCCAUCAGUGCUGGCAAGACAGCUGUCGCAAAUGCGACCGCGGCCUCCACUACUUCUUCGGGCGAUUCACCUGCAGCCACGCCGAAUAGUGUGCGGCCUACAGAAAGCACAACAACGAUUGAGCUCGACCGUGCGGAUCUUCUCAAUCCGUAUGCUAUCGUCAACGGGACACAACUGGAGAAGGAAAUCAUGAGAAUGCUUGCAAAUGCAUAUAUGUUCAAUCCUGGCGAAGAUGGCAUGGCUGAGAUCACCAAGGAAAUGUUCCAUGAUGUGCAACAGAAAAUUAGUGACUGGCGUGGGACGGAGCGACUCCUCGGAGGAGAUGAUGACGAUGAUGGCAAAGGAGGAAAGAGACGAAAACCAUAGACUAAAGCUCGGAAUUUUGUCAGGCAUUGUCAUGUAAAAUAUGCUCGAGAUCUUAUUCUCAAUAUGAGAUUUGGAUCAUUAUGUUUGCUGUAGCUUCAACAUCAUUAUUCACGCCCC